AUGCUGUCAGAUACAAUCGACACACAACAACAACAGCAACAAAUUCAUGUCCUGUUCAUCGACUCCUACGACUCAUUCACCUACAAUGUGGUGAGACUAAUCGAGAAACAAACCGACAUCUCACCAGAAGUCAACGCCGUGCACGUGACUACCAUUCAUAACGAUACGUUCCAGUCAAUGGACCAACUAUUGCCACUUUUACCACUCUUUGAUGCUAUUGUAGUUGGCCCUGGCCCUGGAAAUCCUAAUAACGGUGUCCAAGAUAUGGGCAUAAUAUCUGAACUUUUCCAAAAUGCCAAUGGAGAUUUAGAUGCAAUUCCCAUAUUGGGUAUAUGUCUUGGAUUCCAAGCGAUGUGUUUGGCUCAAGGUGCCGUUGUAAGCGAACUGGAUACUAUCAAGCAUGGGCAGGUUUAUGAAAUGCACUUGAACGAUGCAGCCAGAACAUGUGGCCUUUUUCGUGGGUAUCCCGAUGCAUUCAAGUCUACGAGGUAUCAUUCAUUGCACGUUGAUGCUGGAGAUAAUGAAAAUCUCCUGUCUUUAUGCUCAACUGAAGAUGAGAACGGUAUUCUUCUGAUGAGUGCACGAGUUAAGAGCAAGCCAUGGUUUGGUGUACAAUAUCACCCUGAAUCAUGCUGUUCAGAAUUGGGAGGAUUGUUAGUAAGAAACUUUCUAACGUUGAGCCUAGUAAAUAAUAUGAAGACGGGAAGGUGGGAAAACAAGAAACUUAAUGGCAGGUUUUCUGAGAUCUUAUCACGAUUGGAUAGGACUAUUGAUAGAGAUCCCAUAUACAAGAUAAAAGACGAGUAUCCCAAUGGUGAUGAAUUGACCUAUGUGAAGCAAUUUGAAGUCUCCAAGGACCCGAAACUGACAUUCAAAAUUUGUGACAUCAUUGAAGAACCAAAAUUUGUCAUGUCAUCUUCAGUUAUUAGUGAAAAUCGGGGGGAAUGGUCAAUCAUUGCUCUCCCAAAUUCCAGAUCCGAAGUAUUUAGUCAUUAUGGAGCUAUCAAGAAGACUACAAUCUAUAAUUGGCAAGAUAAACAAAUCAGCUAUUCCAUGUUGAAGAAGUGUUUAGAUGGUCAAGACUCGAACUUGCCUGGCUCUCUCACUGUAGUCGAUGAAGACAAAUCUCAAUUUUGGGUCACCUUGGGGAAAUUUAUGGAGAAUAAGGUAAUUGAUAAUCACAGAGAAAUACCGUUCAUUGGAGGCCUUGUCGGUAUCCUAAGUUAUGAAAUAGGCCAGUACCUUGCAUGUAGCCAUCACAACGAUGAUGGUGAUGAUGAUGAUUCGCUUGUUCCAGACGCUAAACUGGUUUUUAUCAACAACAGCAUAGUCAUCAACCACAAGGAAGGAAAGCUUUACUGUAUUUCUUUGGAUGAUACGUUCUCUAAGGCAUUGGAACAAUCACUGAUAAGUAGUUUUGCGGGAAAGAAAGAUAGUGAGCAAGGCUUGCCAUGGCCAAAAUACUUGCCAGAGGAGAUAGAUUUCGUGAUAACAAUGCCCGAUAAGAAAGACUACGCAGAUGCUUUUGAAAAGUGUCAGGACUAUAUGCAUAAGGGCGAUUCCUAUGAAAUGUGCCUCACUACACAAACCAAAGUGGUACCAUCUGCAAUGAUAGAGCCCUGGAGGAUUUUCCAGACAUUGGUUCAAAAAAACCCUGCUCCAUUUUCAAGCUUUUUCGAAUUUAACGAUAUUAUCCCCAACCAAGACGAAAAGCCUCCUGUUUUGUGCUUCUUGAGCACUUCGCCUGAAAGGUUUUUGAAGUGGGAUGCAGACACGUGUGAGCUACGUCCCAUCAAGGGGACUGUAAAGAAGGGACCCCAAAUGAAUUUAGACAAGGCUACACAGAUUUUGAAAACGCCCAAAGAGUUCGGAGAAAAUCUCAUGAUCUUGGACUUGAUCCGAAAUGACCUUUACGAACUGGUUCCUGAUGUUCGGGUAGAAGAGUUCAUGUCUGUGGAAGAGUAUGCUACCGUCUAUCAACUUGUCAGUGUCGUAAAGGCCCAUGGGUUAACCUCAGCUAGCAAGAAGACGAGAUAUUCGGGAGUGGAUAUCCUCAAACAUUCGCUCCCUCCAGGGUCCAUGACGGGAGCCCCCAAAAAGAUCACUGUGCAAUUGUUGCAAGACAAGUUGGAGAACAAACUAAAUAGGCAUGUUAACGGCGGAGCACGCGGUGUCUACAGCGGAGUCACAGGAUACUGGUCCGUCAAUUCCAACGGAGACUGGUCCGUCAACAUUAGAUGUAUGUACUCCUACAAUGGCGGUGCCAGCUGGCAGUUGGGUGCUGGCGGUGCCAUCACCGUUUUGAGCACACUAGAUGGAGAACUGGAAGAGAUGUACGCCAAGCUUGAAAGCAACCUACAAGUUUUCAUCUAG